AUGGACAACUUCCUCCUGACGGCCAUGGCUUAUGACCGCUACGUGGCGAUAUGCCAGCCCCUGCACUACUCCACGACGAUGAGUCUGCCAGCCUGUGCCCUGAUGCUCGGGAGCGCCUGGCUCAUUGCCAACCUCCACUCCCUGCUGCACACCCUCCUCAUGGCCCGGCUGGACUUCUGUGCCAGCAACGUCAUCCCUUACUUCUUCUGUGACCUUGUUCCCCUGCUCCAGCUCUCCUGCUCCAACACCCUGCCCAAUCAACUCAUGAUUCUGCUAGCGGGGGGCCCGAUCGUCCUCAUCCCCUUCCUCAGCAUCCUCGUCUCCUACAUCCACAUUGUGUCUGCUGUGCUCAGGGUCCCAUCUGCCCGGGGAAAACAGAAGGCAUUCUCUACCUGUGGCUCCCACCUUGCUGUGGUCAUCCUCUUCUAUGGGACCAUCACAGGGGUCUACCUGAGUCCCUCACCCUCCCACUCGGCUGACAAGGAUUCACUGGCUUCAGUAAUGUACAUGGUGGUCACCCCCACGCUGAAUCCCUUUAUCUACUGCCUGAGGAACAAGGACAUGAAGGGAGCUCUGUGGAAACUGGUCAGUGUAAAGGCUGCACUCCAUGGCCUAUGA